UAGUAUUUGGGGGGGGGAAGUCAUUUUGGCUUAUUUCCUUAAAAAGACUAGAACUCAGACCUUGCUUUUGGUGGUAAAGAGGAAAAAAAGUAUAAUCUGUGGCUUAAGAAAUUUCUGUUUAAAGGUUUAAAUUAGCCAUAGUAAAUAAUUGCUUUUAACAGUAAAGAGAAAAAACUGGCAGAGUGCUGUUUAAAGGUUUCUGUUUAUAUCAGUUACUGUACUAAAUUUGUUUAACAAUAGCCAAAAUUAUGAUUUUCUCUCAAAGUAAAAUUAAAAGAUAGCACCUCCUGAAUGUGAUUUCCUGGAAGUCCAUUCCUCUGUCUUGUGACAUGGAGCUUCUGGUUGAAAAGAAAAAGGAGUUGGACUUCUCACUAGAAUCGUAAAAUCAUUUUUAGUUCUUUCCUGAUCUAUAUUUGUGUUACCUAUUAAUGAUAGUAAACCUCAGACUGAAAUUUACCUUAUUAAGUUACACUUGAAAGAUUCUAUCAAGUUUCAACAGAAAAUUUGAGUCAUUCUGCUGAUAGGUUUAGAAAAACUUCUGAUAGACUUAGUAAUGAUAAAAGUGAAGAAAAUUUUAUAAGCUUGCUACUGUUACUUCCAGAGAAUUCUGCAUUCUCUAAUGUCAAAUAUACUUUUCAAGCGUUUAGUUACCGAUAUACACACUGUACUGAAACAGUAUAACUGUUUACAAACUUUACAGUAUUUACAAAUUUUAGUUCAUUAAUUUCAAGUAUACUUUGGACUCACUUUCAGUUUUAAAAUGUAAUAACCACAAAAUAGUUAUGUGGCUUUGUUUUGUGCUUUUCUAAAGGAAACCGGAUUUUCCUCUGUCUGUGAGUUGAAAAGCAAGUAGCAGCAUGAAUCACAGCUUCCAAGAACUGUCAGAAUAGGAAUGCAGAAUUCUACCCCCCCCCCCGCAUUCCCCGCUGUCAAUUUUAAUGUAGUGAUGUGCUUUAAUAAACUUUUUCUUGCCAUUCACAGCAGCAGCAUUCAUUAUGUGUAAUCAAGCUACUCCCAGCAGUUGUAUUGUUGAGAAUGAAACCAGAGUUCCAAAAGGACUGUGCUGAAGAAGACUUUUGCUCAGAUGACAUCACGUUUAGACUAUUAAUGCUAUCCAUCCACUCUACAAGGCACAAUGGACUUCUAGGUAAUUCAAUUCAGAAUUUAAUGCUUUUCUGCAGAAGAGGAUAUGUUUAACUCUGCAUUGUUCUUCUGAAGCAGCAGUGUUUCAUCCCUGAACAUACUUUAACGAGCCCCAAAGUGUAAAAGGCAAACAUACAAAUGUCUACCACAAGACUAAAGUGUGAUAUGUUAUGUUCUUUACCAUAAGCACCCAUAAAAUGAGCUCCAUUGCAGACAGGAAUGAUGGAAGCAUUUUUGAUGGGCUGGUGGAAGAAGAUGACAAAGAUAAAGCAAAAAGAGUGUCUAGAAACAAGUCUGAAAAGAAACGUAGAGAUCAAUUUAAUGUACUUAUCAAAGAGCUGGGUUCCAUGCUUCCAGGUAAUGCCCGGAAGAUGGAUAAAUCCACUGUACUGCAGAAGAGCAUUGACUUUUUACGGAAGCACAAAGAAAUUACUGCACAAUCAGAUGCCAGUGAAAUUCGGCAGGACUGGAAACCAACAUUCCUUAGUAAUGAAGAGUUCACACAGUUAAUGUUAGAGGCUCUUGAUGGUUUUUUUUUAGCAAUUAUGACAGAUGGAAGUAUAAUAUAUGUGUCUGAAAGUGUAACUCCCUUACUUGAACAUUUGCCAUCUGAUCUUGUGGAUCAGAGUAUAUUCAAUUUUAUCCCAGAGGGGGAACAUUCAGAAAUUUAUAAAAUAUUGUCUUCUCAUCUGCUGGAAAGUGAUUCAUUGACACCAGAGUACCUAAAAUCAAAAAAUCAGCUAGAAUUCUGUUGCCACAUGCUGCGAGGAACGAUAGAUCCAAAAGAGCAACCUACAUAUGAAUAUGUAAAAUUUAUAGGAAAUUUCAAGUGUUUAAAUAAUGUUCCCAACUCAGCGCACAAUGGUUUUGAAGGAACUAUUCAGCGAUUGCAUCGGCCUUCAUAUGAAGACAAAGUUUGCUUUGUAGCCACUGUUAGGUUAGCUACACCUCAGUUUAUCAAGGAAAUGUGCACUGUUGAAGAACCCAAUGAAGAGUUCACAUCUAGACAUAGCUUAGAAUGGAAGUUCCUAUUCUUGGAUCACAGGGCACCUCCCAUAAUAGGCUAUCUUCCAUUUGAAGUUUUGGGAACAUCAGGCUAUGAUUAUUAUCACGUGGAUGAUCUAGAUAAUCUGGCAAAAUGUCACGAGCAUUUAAUGCAAUAUGGGAAAGGGAAGUCAUGUUAUUAUAGAUUCCUUACAAAGGGACAACAAUGGAUUUGGCUACAAACACAUUACUAUAUCACGUAUCACCAGUGGAAUUCCCGGCCUGAGUUUAUUGUCUGUACGCACACUGUUGUAAGUUAUGCAGAAGUUCGAGCAGAAAGGAGGCGAGAACUUGGUAUUGAGGAGUCUCUUCCAGACAUAACAGCAGAUAAAAGUCAGGACUCUGGGUCUGACAAUCACAUAAACACGGUCAGCCUCAAAGAAGCACUGGAAAGGUUUGAUAACAGUCCCACACCUUCUGCUUCCUCCAGGAGUUCAAGGAAAUCUUCACAUACUGCAGUGUCAGAUCACUCGUCAACACCAACUAAAAUGACUAUGGACACUAGCACUCCUCCAAGGCAAAGUUUAUCUGCUCAUGAAAAGACUGCGCAAAGAAGGUCAUCUCUUAGUAGUCAGUCUUUAAGCUCCCAGUCUCUUGGACAACCAUUAGCACAGCCAAUGAUGUCCCAGCCUGCAACUUUACAGCUCCAGCCCGGCAUGUCCCAGCCUGUGUUUCAGUUUUCAGCUCAGUUGGGAGCUAUGCAGCAUCUAAAGGACCAGCUAGAGCAAAGAACACGCAUGAUAGAGGCAAACAUUCAUCGGCAGCAGGAAGAGUUGCGUAAGAUUCAAGAGCAGCUUCAAAUUGUCCAUGGUCAAGGACUUCAGAUGUUCUUGCAGCAGUCAACUUCUGGACUCAACUUUGGUUCUGUGCAGCUUACCUCUGGAAGUUCUUCAAAUGUUCAGCAGCUUACACCAAUAAACAUGCAAGGUCAAGUUGUUCAGACUAAUCAGAUUCAAGGUGGAAUGAACACCGGUCAUAUAAGUACUCCACAUGUGAUACAGCAACAGCCUUUGCAGAGUACAGUGGCACAGCAUAAUCAACAAAAUGUAGUUGGUGGACACAGUCAACAGUCUUCUCUUGCCAGUCAGUCACAGAAUGCACUCUCGGCCCCUUUGUAUAACACUAUGGUAAUUUCUCAGCCGACAACAGGAAAUGUGGUCCAGAUUCCUUCAAGCUUACCACAGAACAAUAACCAGAAUGCUGCUGCAGUAACCACUUUUACACAGGAUAGACAGAUCAGAUUUUCUCAAGGUCAACAACUUGUAACAAAACUUGUCACGGCCCCAGUGGCAUGUGGAGCAGUGAUGGUACCAAGUACUAUGUUUAUGGGACAGGUGGUGACAGCUUAUCCCACUUUUGCUGCCCAACAGCAGCAGCCGCAGACUUUGUCAAUAACACAACAGCAGCAGCAGCAGCAAAGUCAGCAAGAACAGCAGCAGCAGCUCACCACGGUUCAGCAACCAGCUCAGCCACAGCUGACCCAGCACCCCCAGCAGUUCCUACAGACAUCCAGAUUACUUCAUGGAAAUCAGUCAGCUCAGCUUAUCCUCUCUGCUGCUUUCCCACUACAACAAAGCACUUUUACUCAGUCCCACCACCAGCAGCAUCAAUCUCAGCAGCAACAGCAGCUUUCCCGGCACAGAACUGACAAGAUGAGUGACCCUUCCAAAGUUCAGCCGCAAUAGCAGGGGCUCUGCUUCUUUUUGAAGCAAACUACCAGGAGGGGCCGUUCCAUAAACGGUUGCACUGAGGCUACGAAGCUAGAAGCACGAAGGCUUUCUAACACCACAGUAUUGAGAUCUUCUAAUUUCUGGAAUCUGUUAAAGAAAAGCCACAAGAUGAGGAUGGGGACGCGGCCAGCUUCGAUAGUUGCCCCAGUUUCUGUGUUCGAAAGGAUUUGCUGCCAUGUGUUAAUUUGUCCAGGUGAAAUCUCAAGAUGUGACUGAAAUAAGAGGGAUGCUGAAAAUAUUGGUAUUUUUUAUCAGUCCUGUAAAGUGUUUUUAAAGUGUUAAAAUGGACACAGAGCAAUUGUUUGAAUUAGCUGACAAUAAUGCCAGGAAUAUAGUCCAAAAAAAAUUAAUUUUUUUCAGAUAACUAUGGGACAGUAAAUUUUUUCAAAAUGUUGGGUGAAAUCCAGUUCUCUGUUGUACAGAUGCUGUAAAAUAUUGUGUAUAUGUCUGCAUAAAAGGAGAAAGAGCAAAAUAUUUUAUAUGAUGCAUGAAAAUGUAAUCUGUUAUUUGUAGGUUUGAAUAUGUUUCCCUAAAUUCUCACGCCAUACUCAGACUAAUGUUUUCCUCUGUUCUAGCCUUUUGUUUACAACAUGAUGCAUCAUUAUUUUCACCUUUAAUGUGGGCACAAGUCUCUUGUUUGUGCUUUGUCUGUGAUGUCGCGGUCUGUUCGGUGAGGUUAGUUGACUUCUCGAGGUUAAAUUAUUGAUGAAGCUGUUUGAACUGGUGAUCACGCAUCAGGGUUCAGGACAUUCAGAUUCAUGAAUAUCAUCAAUCAUUUCCUAAUUGAUUCAUCAUUUUAUUUGGAAAAUAGGAAUUUGCACUGCUUUCUUGCGGAUGGUUUGGAAUUUUACUCCCCAAAGCUAUCUUUUGAUAUAGUUCAUAGUUGGAAAUAUUUAUGUAAAGGGUUUAAAAAAAAAUGACAGUAAUUUUCAAGAAUGUUUCAGUUAUAGGAGUAAUUUGCACAAAGGUAUCUUUACAUUUAAUAACCUUUUGGGCACUUUUUAACCACUUUCUCUGUGGUGAGAAUUGUAACUUGUUAAAAUAUGUUGGAAUCUUUUUAUUCUCCUUCAAAAAUUAGACCUUUCUUUAGUCAGAACUGAUUCAGGGUCAUUUUAACAACAAAAAAAACCCCAUAGUGCCUUGAUUUUAAUUCAGGUGAUAAUGUUGAACAUCUUGAAUUACAAUGUCUUGAAUCUGUAACCAUUUUCAAUUUUGAAGUCUUAGUACAUUGUCAAACUAACUUGUGUAUCUACUUCAUAGCUAUUUCUGUAUUGUGUUCAUUUUAGUAAUGGUCUGAGUUGAGAUCAUGAGCGUUUUUGAGUGGCCCUCCCCCUCAAACACUAAUCUGAAACAGAAUGGUCUCUCAAAUCUCGGGCCUUGAGGGUAAUGCUCUUUUUAAUACAUCUAAAAUAGACAUUACUCCUUUUGCAGGAGUAGGAAUAGUAAUCUGAUUUUACAAAAAAAAAAAAAAAAAAAAUGCAGUUUUUUAGUGUUUAAAGUAUGUGUUGGGGGAGAUCACGAUUGCAUUUAACACUACCAGGCUAUUGAUUUAAGAGAUAUCACUGAACUAAGACUUCGGAAGGCAACUUCACUUUAUAAAGAUAAUAAAAAGAUCCAACAGUUAAGAUGUGCUAUUUUAAGUAAAUGUUAAGUAGAAUUUUAUGGUACUAGUUUGUGAAAAUGACAACUGCAGAGGAAAAUGAAUAAAUGAAGGUAGAUCUGAUAAUUAAAGAAAACAACAAAAACCAGUUAACGUUAGUACUAGGGAGAGAAAGCUGGAUUAAUCUUGAAUACUGAGGAGAAGUUGAAUGAAUGUAAUCAAAUGGUAAUGGACUAUUUUAUAUUAUGAAACAGUUUGAUUGUAUUUUUGGAUGAACCAAACCCACAGGAAGGUAACACCGGUUUAGCAAGCACUUGAUAAGGUUGGUUACCUUUUAAGGCUAGCCUUUGCCGCUGCACUUGUCCCUCCAUUAGAUCUUUGUUAUUCCCCAGCUAUUAGCAAGAGUUUGGCACCAAAAAGCACAGUAGUGAACAAGGAAGGAGAGUGUGAGAAAUAUAGUACCAAAGAGAAGCUGGAGCAAGAAAUAGUUGCCAAUACCAAACAUAGCAAGGAAAAUUCCCAGUUCUUUAAAGGGAUUUCUGGCAUUCUCUGAGCUGGAAUAAUUGUCAGAAACCCAUUUCUGCAAAGUCUUAUCUAAAGAAAUCAUGCCUUGCUCUACUAUGCCUAUCACACCAUUCCACCUGUGUCUAAAUUAAGCUGCGUUAACUAGAGGUCUGUGCUAUCAGUACUUUUGCUUAAUAAAAAAUAGGUUAGAUAAAAUUUUUAACCAAUUAAAAUAAUCUAGCACUAAAAAAGAAAACUGGGAGAGCUUUAAUAGUGCUGUUAGAACUAUUGAAUAGUGGUAAAAUAGGUUGAAUAAGCUAUUACACUGAGAAUUACAAAAAAGAAAAAAAAGAUACUAGCCAGACAGUUGAAUAAUGCAGCUUUUUAUCUAAAGCUUCAUUUAAACUUCUCUUCCCAUCUCCCCCUCCCCAGCUGCUCUGGUGUGCUGCUAUAGAUCUGUCAGUGAAAAGGCUAAACUAGGUGAGAGAAAUUAGAUGACGACAAUAAUAGCAUGGCUCCUGGAAGAGAACUAUAGAAAUGUAUGCUUUGAUCACGAAGCUUUGUGUAACCUCAGGGAGAGGUCAUUCAGUUAUAAAACUACCAGCUAAUAGAGAAAGUAUAGAAGACAGGGAAAUUCAAAGAAACUGGAAAAAUAUAGCAUGCAUUUGAAACAUUCCUGCCAUGAAUCAGGCAAACUUUAAUCCAAAAAAAAAAAAAAAAAAGUGAGUACAUAGACCCUCACCCAGAUUCUGUGCAAGGAUGUGAAUGCUUUGUUUGACAGCUAACAACUAAAACGUUUAUAUUUAAAGGGUCUGUGGCUUCCCCUACUAGUCAGUUGCUAAACUGUCCUUGAUUUUUAGUGGGAAGACCACUGGGCUCUUUCCUCUUUUUUUAAUCAGCCUUUUACUUCUGCCUGACUCUUUUAUUGCAGUCAUAGUCUUAUUUGCAACAUCCUAAUAAAUAGCAUGGUAAAGAAUGCUGUGAUGCUGCAGGUUGUGGAGUGUGAACUUUACAGAAUGACUGCGACAGAAGGGAAGGAGUUGGUUAGGGAGAGGAUUGUAUUUAUGAAGAAAUGCUCUGGUGAUACGUAAUGGAGUGUAAAAAUGCAGCCUAGUGGCCUGGCAUUCAGAAGACAAAAAUUGUUUGCCUGUGAUGAGUGAGGAUUUGAAGAAAAGCUCCUAGGAUAAUUUCAAAGAAAAAGAAUAUAGCUAUUUUUAUAUUAUAUUUAAUAUAUAUUAUAUUUGUAUAUAAAUAUGAAAGGAUUCUAGUAGGAGCUCUCCACAUGCCUUCCAUUUCAUCUAGGUUUACUUCUGCACUACGGUUCCAGUGUGUCACCACCACCUGUGGGCACCUCGCCUACUGCCAAACACCAAAAUUAGUAACCCAAUAUCCUUAAAACAGAUAGGUCUUGUUUCAGCUUAUGUAAAAAUAAAUAAAAUAAAGCUCUAUCAGGCAAUUUUUCACAGAAAUUCUCUAAAGAGUCAAAUAGCACUUUCUUUUCCUUUUUUGGAGUAAUAACAAGCACUUUACUGAAAAGACUAUUUGGAAACAGUUUAUUUCUUUAGUCAGUGAAACUGUUAAAAAAGGGGGGCUUCAAGGCGUAACAUACAUAAAACUGUCAAGAGAGACAUUUCUGGAAAAUGUUUCUUUAAUAUGGUGAUCCUUUGAGGCUCAAAGUGCAAGAUUAAAAGGCUUCUAAAACUGGUUGGCUUUGUGUUUUAAUAUGGCUAGGGGACAGGCCUGAUGAUGAUAGCUUCCUUUGAAGGAGACUCUUUAAGUUGCACGGUUGCCUAUGAGAGAGAAUCAUCUGGAGGCUCAUUUGCCUGUUCAAUAAUCCUGAGUGUCCCUUAGGAUUAUAAUUUGCAUGAAGAUAUACCGAAGGUUUACAGAUGUGGCCUUUUUGAAUGUUGAAGUCAAUUCAAGAGCUGUUUAUAUUUUUGGAGAUUUAACCCAGGUAUUGUUUAGGAGUGUUUUAAAUGUCAUGGCAUCGGGAGAUGUCAAACGUGUCAGAUUCGUAAUUUUCUCCAUUUGAAAUCAUUAAAAUGAUAUAUAGUGAGAGGGCUGCAAAAAUGGUUAUUUUGAUUAAAAGGGAAAAAAGAGACUAGUUUUAAUAUUUUUUAUUUUUUUACAUAUCCCUGGUGGAAAAAAAGUUGAAAACAAUUUGAAGUGAAUUUGGAUAAAGACAUAUUUAAACAAAUCAUAGUAGAUGAGAUAACUGUGAAAGAACGUUUGAAACUGUUGUGGUUGUCCAUGAGACUGGGUAGUUGCUUUUUCAAUAUCAUGAUUUUUAACACUACAUUCCUUGUCUCUCUCUCUUUUCCUUUCUCUCUCUCUCUCUCUCUUUUUUUUUUUAAACAGGUAAUUUUAGGCUCUGCUAUGCUUCAUGCUAUGUCAUCUGCAUGAAUUUUGCCAGCAUGAAAUGCUAUAUUCAAAGAAAUUGUACCUAAAAAAAAAAAAAAAAAAAAGAGGGGAAAAAAAAAACACAAAACAAAACACUGUGUCUGAACAAAAUACUGUAUGGCCUAAUAUAGAGACCCCAGCUAAGACUGAGAAGUGCUGCACUAAUAGACAAUCAGUGGGAAAUUAUUUAUGAAACAGUUUUGGGAAUGGUCUUAAAGAUGUUACUGCUUUGAAAGCAGUUGGUGGGGUGUGUUUUUUUUUCUUUUUUUAAACAAGAAAGGUGAAAAGUAUUUAUUUUAAGAUAUAUCAGAUUGAACUUGGAGUUCUUAAGCAGUGUUGAUUUCACAGUGUCUCAAGUUUCAGUUUUGUUUUGUAUUUUUUAAAUGGCAUUGGAAUUGUAUAUGUUAAAAAAAAAAAAAAAAAAGUGCCGCUCAUAUUGACGUCAGGAGAUGUAGAUAAAAUUCCCUGGUGUUCGUGUGACCAUUACUACCUGUCAAUUUUUUAACUGAAUAAAUGUAACUCAUUUAAAAUUUUGCUUUUUGUAGCUUAUGAGGCUCUAGAAAUUUUUCUGAGUUGCUUGAUACCAAAUUUAUCAGAAAGCUCCAGCGUGAAAAGCUCUCUUACCAUUUCCACAAAUGUGUCGGAGGCACUCUCCCUCUCCAGACAGAUGACUUGUGAAAAGUUGCUUGAUGUCAAUUUUCUCUUCUCUCCUCUACCCAGACAAAUGACUUGUGAGAUUUUGGUAAAAAUGCAUACUGUAUUUUUCUUGUCUACUCUGUAUCUCUUCAUAAAUUGAUGGCCCACUCUAA